AUGUCGGUGCAGGUGGCGGCCCCCGCCGUGGAGCUGAAGGAGCUGGGCGGCCCCAUGGACAAGGCAGCGGGGCCGUCGUGUCCCGCCGCGGCCCCUCCGUCGUGUCCGGUGCCCGUUACCGAGCGGGAGGCGGCUCCGGCGGCCGAGCGGCCCCCUCCCGCCUCCUCCUCCUCCUCCUCCUCCGCCGCCGCCAGGGUGCCGCAGGCCUCGGCCAUGAAGCGCAGCGACCCCCUGCUCCCCCAGCACCGGCACCAGCACGGCGGAGGGGGCGAUAACAACAACGGCGGCGGCGGCGCGGCCGAGGCGCUCGUCAGCCCCGACGGCACCGUCACCGAGGCGCCGCGCACCGUCAAGAAGAUCCAGUUUGCCGACCAAAAGCAGGAAUUCAACAAGCGCCCGACGAAGAUCGGCCGCCGCUCGCUGUCCCGCUCCAUCUCGCAGUCGUCGACCGACAGCUACAGCUCAGCUGCCUCCUAUACAGACAGCUCCGACGAUGAGACCUCCCCCCGCGACAAGCAGCAGAAGAACUCCAAAGGCAGCAGCGAUUUCUGCGUCAAAAACAUCAAGCAGGCCGAGUUCGGGCGCCGAGAGAUCGAAAUUGCUGAACAAGAAAUGCCUGCGCUGAUGGCUUUGAGGAAGAGAGCUCAGGGAGAGAAGCCGCUGGCUGGGGCCAAGAUCGUGGGCUGCACGCACAUCACAGCGCAGACAGCCGUCCUGAUGGAGACCCUGGGUGCGCUGGGUGCCCAGUGCCGAUGGGCUGCCUGCAACAUUUACUCUACUCUCAACGAAGUGGCUGCGGCCCUCGCCGAGAGCGGGUUCCCUGUCUUCGCCUGGAAGGGAGAAUCCGAAGACGACUUCUGGUGGUGCAUCGAUCGCUGCGUCAACGUCGAAGGAUGGCAGCCCAACAUGAUCCUGGAUGACGGAGGCGACCUCACGCACUGGAUUUACAAGAAAUACCCCAACAUGUUCAAGAAGAUCAAGGGGAUCGUGGAGGAGAGCGUGACCGGCGUCCACAGGCUGUACCAGUUGUCUAAAGCCGGGAAGCUCUGCGUGCCAGCCAUGAAUGUCAACGACUCGGUCACGAAGCAGAAGUUCGACAACCUGUACUGCUGCAGGGAGUCCAUCCUGGAUGGCCUUAAGAGGACAACAGACAUGAUGUUCGGAGGGAAGCAGGUCGUGGUUUGUGGCUACGGGGAGGUGGGAAAGGGCUGCUGCGCGGCGCUGAAGGCCAUGGGCUCCAUCGUGUACGUCACCGAGAUCGAUCCCAUCUGCGCCCUGCAGGCCUGGUGAGCGCCGCGCCCGGCUUCUUCUUUGGGCUUUUUUUUUUUCAGGA